GUUUUAUUUCCCAUUGAUUUUGAUUAGUUUCGCAUUCUCAGCAAGAGCAGGAGCAUCAUCAUCACCACGAUCUUUUAGAAUUCGAAUACAUAAAUCGGAACACUUGACCAGCUCCAGGCUCACUUUCAAUUCGUCUUCGUAACCAGGAAGUCAUUCCAAAGAUCUCAGAGAGAGGUGUUUGAGAAUGAUGAUGGGGCAAAAUGGGAUAUUUCUCGGUGUGGGGGUGGUUUUCCUUCUCGUCGCGAUGAUUGGGGGCAGUGAGGGGAACGUCCAGUUCUUGUGGUAUCCUGUGCAAGUUACGCCCACCGCGGCGACCACGUAUUUGAGAAGGACGCCAGGAAAAAGCGUGCAUUUUGAAGUGAGAAAUCCGAACGAUGGAUCAUAUCAUUUUGGAUAUGAUGCAGAUACCACUCGAGGAGAUAAGUCUUUCCGAGAAGAACGACGGGAUAGUUAUGGUCGAGUUACGGGAAGUUAUGGAUUUGUCGAUCCGGAAGGAACGCUUCAGAUUGUGGAGUAUAUUGCAGAUGAGAAUGGUUAUCGAACACGAAGUUCUAACCAGCAACCAGUCGGAUUACGACUGCACUCCCAACCAAUUCAAGUUAUUGGUCCUAUUCCGAAGCCAUUCUCUGAAUUUUUCAAGUUUUAAAUAUAAAUAUAAAUCUUAGAUUGAAGUGCUUUCUAAAAAUAAAAUAAAGUGUGUAAAUGAUAUCAAAA